UUUUGGUGUAAAUUUUUUUGAUAUGGAUAUUUUUGGAAAUAAUCUAUUUUAGUGUGGAAAGUGGUAAGGAAUACUUGAGGUAUCAAAGGAAAUAUGGAGAUGCCAAUACUAAAGAAACAGGAAACAGGCUUUUUGAAACAAUUAAGGGAAUUUCAGAGCGAAAAUUUGAUAAAGAAGAUGAAGAAAAUGUUGAAAAUUUUAUGAACGAAGCUAUACAAGAAAGUCUACAGAAGUGAUAUUCUACGUAUAUCAAGAGAGGCUGUUUAGGAAACAUGGCAAUUUGUUUUUUGGCAACUCUAACAAGUUAUUUGGAGAUGAAUGAAGAAAAUGAGAAAGCUAACACUCAGAAAUGCAUUCACGCAGCAAUAUUUUUCGUGAUUUCCUUUCUUGUCUUAAUCAUAUGAGGACGAAAAGCGUUCUAUUUAUAGUAUACCUUGUUCCGAUUCUUAUAGGCCUUGCUAUUUAUAUGGCGAUAGAUAUUACCUUACAAAGCGAUGAAUACAGGCCUAGUGAUCGUUUGAUGGUCUCAUGCUGAGUUGCUCACUGAUUUAUGAUUCUAAUUCCUAACAAAUGGAUACAUUCUUCUAUUGCUCAUGCUCUAGCAAUGUGAAAUCUUGGAUAUGGAGCAUGGAAAAACUAUGGACUAUUUACCUCUGAGAUUAAUAUGACAAUAAUCCUAUGAGUAUUCUGGUUUACCUUAUCAAGUUAUUUCUUAUCGCUCAAGACCAAGAACCUCUAUUCAGAAAUUUACAGAAAUAAAAUAUUAAUAAAACAAACGAAGAGAAUUCUUCAGAUUUUACUUUUCGGAGUAGUCGUUUGGCCCUCUAAAUCAAGCCAAAAGUUCUUCAUUAACCAAGAGUUUAAAGACAAAUUCACUGAUGUAGACCAGAGAUUGGAAGAACUCUCUGCUCUUGACUUGAAGCUACUUGAUAAUAAAUGAGAGGUGAUUAAUGAAGAAUUCAGAAAUGAUCUCUCUAAGUUUUUAAAAGCACAACAGAGGCUGAUUGAUACGAAGGAAUCAGUAUUUGAGCAAGAUGUGAAGCUUUGGUGCUACUCUCAAGAGGAUUUUAAACUGUCUGAGUCAAGUGAGCAGAAUUCGAACCUGAGAAUUAUAUGUAUAAAAACUUUGGCUAUCGAGUGGGAAAAUUCUGAUUCAUAUAUUCAUGUGUGUAUAGAUAAUACUGACGUUAUUAGGCUUGAAGAGAUCAAGAGCAAGAUAAAAUUAGAUGAAGCCAAUAAUAGCAUUCAAUGCCAGAAGAUUAUGUUUGCUAGUGCUUCACACGAGUUCAAGAAUCCUCUUAACUGAAUAAUAAACUCUUUUAAUCUAGUUCAGGAUUCUUUUUAACACAAUUAUUAAUAUUUAUGGACCUUCUUUUCUUCGCUUGAAUAAUAUUACGAAGGAAGAAAUUGAAUCCAACGUGAGAGUCUUAACAAAAAAAGUGAAGAACGGUAAAAGUUCGUCAAUUCUACUUCUGACCCUGAUAGAGGAUAUCCUUAAUCUCUCCAAGAUGGAGGCUGGUACCUUUGAAAUUAAUAAAGAAUUAUUCUUAGUCCCAGAAGUCUUAAAUGAAAUUUUUGAUAUUUUUAGCAUGCAAUGACAAGGAAGGAAAAUAGAACUAAUGAUUGAUGUUCCUAGUGACUUGAAGAAUUUGGAGAUCAAUUCUGACAGAUUAAGGCUCAAGCAAAUAUUAACAAACCUAGUAUCCAACAGCCUGAAGUUUACCUCCAAAGGCUUCAUCCGUAUUUCUUGCAAAGCCGUUAAGAAGACACCCAAGAGAUUCCUGGAGUUUACAGUCAGAGAUUCAGGCAUUGGCAUCGAGAAGAAGGACCUGAAGAAACUUUUUAAACUUUAUGGGAUGAUUAAGAAGACCAAGAAGAUUAAUAGGAACGGAACGGGACUAGGGCUUACUAUAUGUAAGAAGUAUGUGGAGUCCUUAGGAGGAGAGAUACAGCUGAAGUCUGUGUAUGGUCAAGGGACUAGUGUGGGCUUUAGUGUACUGAUAGGAGAGGAUGAAGAGGAAGUUUAUAUGAAUUCAGACAAAUCUUUAUGAAGUUAUUUUGAAAGCGACUUAGAAAUUUGAGAUGAAGGAUAUCACAAUCAAGAUCUUUCAUAUGCCACUCAGCCAUGCUCUAAAGGAAAAUUCAAGGACUUAUAACCACCCCCUAAUUCCAUCUUUCAAAAUCUUAUAAUAUUUU